AAGUUUGAUGCAUAAAUCAAUGCCCUUUACAGCCUAGCAAGUUUAAAGAAGGUAUACCCCAACGUAUGUUAUAUGGUGCAUUCUGGAGCAACGAUAAACAUGAUUCGCUUUUUGUUCUUUGUUCUUCUUUAUACACAGCAGUUUCUUCAAAUAGAGUCUAGAGAUAAAUGGAAUUACAAGGACCAAGAUAAUUGGAAGAAUAAUAAAGAAUGGGCGAAAUGCGGUUAUGAUGAACAAUCUCCCAUUAAUAUAAAUGAAAAUGCCUUGGUUCCCGCAAAAUUUGAACCAUUUAAAUUUGAAGGUUAUGAAAACCAUGCUUGUAACAUGACCCUGACUCACACUGGCCAUUCAAUAAAAAUUUCAACUUGUCAUGAUCAUAUAAUAUCAGGAGGAGGACUGAAUGGAAAAUUCAAAUUGGAUCAUGUUCAUUUUCACUGGGGUACAAAAGAAAAUCCUCAAGGCGAGCAUAUUUUAAACAGCGGAAAUACAAUAAGAAAGUUUAAAGGUGAAAUGCAUUUUGUCCAUCAUCAUUUAGACAAAAAGAGUGUAAAUGAUGCUGCUUCCGAGCACAAUGGCUUGGCUGUUUUGGGUGUAUUUAUUGAGGUUAACAAAGAAAAAAGUGCUGUAUUCGAUAAAAUCGAUGAACAAAUUGGAAAAUUACUUUAUGAAGAAAAAACCGUAGAUAUACCCGAAUUUCCAUUUAUUAACCUAUUCCCAGAGGAUAGAAAUAAAGUUAUCAGGUAUCAGGGAAGCCUUACAGUUCCUCCUUGUCACGAAACUGUAACCUGGACGUUGUUUACAGAACCCGUUUACAUCUCACAGGAACAACUCGAGCACUUGUAUACGAUGUACGAUGGCAAAGAUAACUCGAAUGGGCUACUCUUAAACAACUACAGGAAAACUCAACCUCUAAACGGUCGUACAACUUAUCUGGCCGAUUUGAACUUAAAUCCAAAUUCUGGCCAACAAAACCAUUAUGCAUUGGUUAUCAUAUCCAUCCUAAAUUUAUUAAUGUUGCUAAUCCUUUAGAUAAAAACAGAACUUAAAUGUAAAACAAUGAAAGAACUAUAGAAUAACUAUGUUCUAUAAGAUUCUUCUAUCCGUAAAAAAGAUUAUUUUUAACGUUAGCCAGCAGUUAUUGAUUAUCAAAAUAACCCGCAGUCCCGUGUUUUUUUCUUCCCCUCGCUCUAUCUUUUUUCCUUUCCUGUUCUUAUAAAAAUAUCCUAGCUAACAAAAGAAAUGGAUCAAGUUCUAUAAAUAUUCCAUGAAAUAAUAAUAACAAGUAUUGAUGUAUUUGAUAAAAGUUGAUUUAAAGAAGAAAAGACAAAUAUACUGGACAAAAGAAAGCAUCAAGAGAGAAUACAUUUAAAUUUGUAUCACUAUUAAUAUAUACAUAUAUAUGUAUAUAUAUAUACUGUAUGCAAUAUGUGUGUAUAGUAUCCAUAUAUGAAAAAUGCAGCCGGAAAUUGGUCAAUUAUCCUUUUCCCUUUCUCUCUCCUACUCAGAUGUUCUGCCAAUUAUAUAAUACUUUUCUGUUUUCAUUUUAUAUUGUAUAAAUAAAAAAAUAACGUUGUAUUUCUGUUCUGUUUUUACGUGUUAGAAUCGGUACAAAAUGUAAAAAGAAUGUGUGCUGUUGUGUCUAAUUAGUACUCUCAGUCUUUAACUUUAAAUCAAUAAUAAAUGUAAUAUGUCAAAUUAACGUAUAAUAUUUGCAAUAUAGAUUCUUUACUUUCUUUCAUUUUUUUUUUGAAAGUAUU